AUGUCCGAACUCCAGGACGUAAUGCGAAACUUACUUCUGCGAGGUCAAUUCUCCGAUAUGAAGAUUCUUUGUCAAGGAAUUACUUUCGAAGUUCACCAAGCUAUUGUUUGUACCCAGUCAAGCUAUUUCAAUAGUGCGAUGUGUGACGGCUUCAAGGAAUCCACCGAGAAAGCUAUCAAUAUCCUGGAUGACAACCCAGAGACCAUUGAGCGUGUCCUGUCCUUUCUCUAUCUUAGGGACUACAGUGAGGAUGGACACAUACUUCAAUACCGACCCAUUACAGAACUUGCCAACAAAGAAUCUGAUUCAUAUGUUUCAGAAAACAAGCCAGAAAAUACUGAGCCAGAAAGUACAGAGCCAGAAAACCAAUCUGCUUUCAACAAUAUUGAAGUAUUUAUCGCAGCUGAUAAAUACGGAAUUAUUCCAUUGAAGACUCUGGCUACCUCGAAGUUCUCUCGAUGGGCGAAUACAAGCUGCGGCUCUCCAGUGUUCCCCGAAGUGAUCAAAAAGGUCAUGACAUCAGUACCGUCACAUGAAACAACUCUUUGUGAAGUUAUUGCCGACAUCUUCUCGAGGCAUAUCUUCGACCUUAUCAAAGACCCAGAGAUAGUUCAUACUUUGGAUUCUUUUGGAUAUCUUGGGUCCUUGGUUAUUGCGAGAUUACCGUCGCUGUCGGCAUUGUUUGAAGGAUUUUAA